AUGAUUGACCCUUAUUUUGAAGGGGAGACCACAAAUGUACCAAGUGAUGAAAGUUGGAUGGGAAAGUCCCAUAACAAUCUUACCGAUAUCUUCCGGCUCGAAGAUACGACUUGUGAGGAAUGCUGUUCUAUCACAUCCCUGUCCGCCUAUUUCGCCGACCUUUUAAGCUUGCUCAGUAACACGACGCCGACGGGCAAAAACGCAGAACAUGAUAACCCGCCAGGCACUCGGGAUAGUCUGAUGAAUAUCCUGUCACAGCGGCGUCCAGAUCUUAGGAACCUUGAACUUACCUGUGCGAAUUCUCAGACUUUGAUUCCGUACAUCAGUCUUGUGAACGAGGUGCUUGAAUCUUUCACCCGCCACAAGUGUCUCGGUUCGCCAGAUUCUAUCCAAGUAUUCAAUACUCCUAUUGAUGCCCAGGACAAUGAACAUUCUCCUACACCACUCAAUUUACCUGGGAACACAGACUACGAGGUCUAUUCCAAGAUUAUCUCAAAGCAGAGAUUUCCUUUUACCUGCUUUCCAUACGACCAGGCGCGUAAUAUGGUACUCUCUUACUUUGACAUUUUUCAAGUAGCGCAUUGUGACUUCGUUGAGAAAUUUCAAGCAACAGAGACUAUUCUGCAAGUAAUAACAGCAACAACUACAGAUGAAGUGAAGAGAUCGCUGAAUUCAGGAGCGAAAGAAGUCUUGCAGAGGCAAAGAGCUGCAGAAGCACUGGGCCUGCAUCAGAUGGAAUUUGCAGCUAUUACCGGAGAAAGCUUAUACCCACAAUCCUUCAGUGACCUCCUCAAAGGUCUUUCAAGUGACACUGUCAUUGAUACGAGAAUACAAGAGCAUGAGUUUUGCCAGAUGUGGGGGUAUGAGGAUGAUGAAACAAUGCUAGGCGCUAUCGAGGGCCUAACGCAGAUCAAGAGUCAAUUGAUGCAGAGGUCCGGGCUAGAAUUUCAAGAUGUCCUCGACCUUGUGAAGACCCAGCUUUUCGACCAGCAGCUGGUCAUCACCAAUGAGUCUGGAUCCAAUGAGUUCAACGAGUCACUCGCGGAGCUUAGACUAUUAUCGAACGCCUCAGAGCCACCAUUUCAGCCUCUUACUUCAAAUAUAUGCCGAAACAUUCAAUCCUUCCUACGCUUGAAGGCAAGGCUUGGAUCAAACACUGUAUCUCAAGUCGCUUCGAUUUCCGUAUACGUCAUAAAAGGAAUUGCCUCUAUUGUAAAGCUGAGUGACCUAUGCGGUUUGGAACCCGCUGCUCUUCUUCCUCUAUGGGGUCUCAUCGAUUCAUUUGGCGACGAAUCUCUCCUUCAUCGCAAGUUUCUCAGCUCUUCUUUGGGAGAAAUAUUCGCCGUUCCCAAAGACGGUACAUACUUCCAAUCUGGAGGGAAGGCAGUCAAAAUUCAAGAAUGCGGUGCGAGCAUUUGUGCAAGCCUCAAUUGGCGCUUUGAGUACUUCAAUGAUCUACUCACAGCCACGAAUCUGGCAAAUUAUGACCUGAAUAUCGAGUCAUUUUCUAUCUUGUAUCGGUAUGUUACUAUAUGUCGAAUACUUUCUGUCGCUCCCAAAAAAUGUGUACCAUUCUUCAAGAUCUUCUUUGACAAGGAAGAUUCGUUGGCAAAUCCUAAUAAGACACUUGCUGCUAUUAUGAAUUGGACAACGUUACUGAACUCAGGCUGGACUAUUGAAACACUUAUUCUAGCUCUUGGGAAAUCGACGAGCGAUGAAAGCAGUAUUACUGGAGGAAACCCUGGACAAAAGCUCACGAGUGCGAUACUGGAUGGGACUAAAGACUUGAGAAAAUCACUUUCAUCACUUUUUAAUGGAGCCAUGCCCACCCAUGAGACUAUCGUCGAGUGUGCAGGACGUGCCUUUGACUCAAUUACGGCCAGUCUGGUCGUUGAAUUUUUGGAGGGAUCUCAGAUUCGAACCAAUAGCGCAACUCUUGACACACAGCAAAAUCUACAGAGCCUCAUAGAUAAAUCCAAAAACUGGCCAGCCAAGAUUUCGGUAGUUUCUUCCUCGACAGCAAAUAAAUGGUCUGUCCAGUUCAAACUCGCAGGCAUAUUGACGACGAAUGAGAAGCAGCAGAUUCUAGAUGGGUGUGCCGAAUUUCCUAAUGUGAAGACCGUAUUACAGAAUCUCAUUGAGAUCUCUCUCUUUCCUCGAGCUGUCAUCGAGUCCCGAUUUAAGAGCAACACAAACAUACUCACAAACAACAUCCUCUUGCAAAACUGGGCCCCAACCCAGCUUUCUGCUAGCCCAGCCCCCUCUGCGAAUGACAUUUUGAUUGAGGCCGAGUCACAGGUACAAGCACGACGGGUUGCUUUUGUCGAUAUGGCGAAACCUGUGAUUGUUCAAGACACUCUCACAACAUCUAUUCUCAAUAUCAUGAAAGAUCUCACGGAAGGUGUUGAUAUGACAGUUCUUUCAACCCUUUUCACAGACACUGUGAAGGUGUCCACAAAUGAAAAUGAUGCACUUGAAUCAGCCAUGGCAGCUCUAAAACGACUCAGCGUACCAGUUGAAAUCAUGGCUACAGCAGAGACGCUAGAUGCUUACUUCACACCCACGACAACAGACGAUUUCAAACUGCACUAUACUGGUGCGUUGAACAACACUAUGAGUCUAAUGAUAAAUGGGAUCGAGGUACCGUUUGAUACCAACUCGAAAACAUGGAACGCAUUUCGCAUGAAUGCCAGGCAGCCAUAUCUUCUACAGAGCAGCAUUCCUCCGUCUCAGAUCUCAUGGUCAACAUGCAGAUCAAUGGCUACAACCUUCACUGAUGAAGAGCUUCAGCGAUCAAAGUCCAUCCAACGAGCAAAACUGAUUUUGGAGGCCAUCCAAAGAGCAGUGUGCAUUUGCCGAAGUGUAAAACUCACAACAUCAGAGCUCGAAUACAUCAACAGAACGGGAAAAGCAGAAGAUGAUAUGCUGUCUAUGAAUCUUAAUACACCAUCUCUCAUAAACUUGGUGCAGCUCCAGGAGUACCGCGAGUUGAGGGAUAAUAUAAUGAUCGCGGACAGUGACCUAAUCAGCCUUUUCUCGUGGCUGAACAAUCCUAAAAAUCCAGAUAUGAAGACACUUGCAACCAAAAUUGCAGCAAGCACUGGUUGGAAAGAUGCCUUAGUAGAAAGCAUCCUCAAUCCAAAAUACCCGAAUCAUACUCCUGCAGAUCUUGUUGUAGUUUUGAGCAACCACGAUGCCUUCAUCAGCCUUAGAGCCAUUCUUGCUUUCUACGAGGGUCUGGGUAGCGCAUCUGAUGCUAACUCCAAGCCUCUUAUGUCAGAGUUGUUUUACUUUGCGAAACCUCGAUCACAGCUCAACAGUGGAGAUACAUACAUGGAAGCCGCCAAGAAUCUGCAAAAAAAAUUGACACCUUCACAACGAGAGGCGUCAAAUGAAAGUUUAAUGGAGAGCCAGCGCAAAACUCUCGUAGCUUAUCUUCUGCAACAAAAGUUCAUCACCCGAGACCUUGGUAUUUGGGAACCGGAUGGACUGUUUGAGUAUUUCUUGGUCGAUGUACAGAUGGGGCCACAAAUUCGAACUUCACGCAUAAAGACAGCUAUCUCGGUCGUGCAAAUGUUCGGUCAACGCUGUCUCCUCGGAAUGGAAGAAGGAGUUUCGAAAUCAGUUCUGGGGCAUGAAAAAUGGGAUUGGCUACAACAAUACACUCUUUGGGAGAAAGACUUAAGCAUCAAGAUAUUCCUUCAAGCUAUCCAGAGUUAUUUGUAUGAUCUAGAUGGAAUCUCAAGUCUCGAUAUAGUCGCGUAUGUUCAUGAACCGCAACCAGCAGCAUCGGACAUUUUUCACUUGUUCGGCCAGACACGUAGUGGGCCGUAUACCUUCUACUACCGUACCCUGACGAGAUUGAGGACCGCUGAGGUAUUUUGGCAGCCAUGGUCCAAGGUAGAGGUCGACAUUGCGUCAAUUGAGACGGAAUGGGAGGGCCAAAGACUCGUGGAUACAGGUAGUUAUUUGCUUCCAAUAAUGAUUAAGGGUAGGUUGUACUUGUUCAUGCCAUCAAUUGUGCCCAAGACUUCAGUGAAGAACAUCUCAAGUAUGUCCAGAGUAUUAACUUUUGACGCUCUGCGCAAUGAAAAUCCGAAUAUGGCGGAGCCUGUGCGCAUCUGGGAAAUAACAAUGGCGUGGACAGAAUUUGUCAACGACAGUUGGGCACCCAAGAGAGUUUCCUCGGGCAGUCUCAGCGUGGGCUUAGAGGCGUCUUCAUCUCAAUUUCGGGUCGAUCCCACGUUACAAGAAAAUACUUUGACACUUCAGGUCAGCUGCGGUGAGGCUGGAAAAACCACUUCCAAGGCCAUUGGUUCAUUUAUAUUCUGCAAUGACCAAAUAAGCACUUUGAAUACCCCAGCAAGCCCUGUCAAGACAACUUCAUUUGCAACAUACUUUCAAAAAGCAUUGAAACAAGGAAUGGAUCUUGAAACACUCCCCGGGGGUUCCAAAUAUACUGAUUCCUCGCCUCUGAUUUGGGUGCCACCCGAGCUGGAGAGUACCAAGGGAGCUUCAGAUAUCUCCUGGACUUUGUCAAAAUUGCCAUGGAGGGUGACAGGACUCGUUGUCAGCGCGAAGGUUAGUGAGGGUAGAAGAGCAAGUUUCUUCAACAUACCAAAAAUGGAGCUUCUCAGUUCGACAUGGACCCAAGACAUCAUCAAUAAUAAUACGGAACUUGUUUCGAUUGACCACAUAUUUUCGCACGAACUCAUGGAAGCUACCGCUGACCGAGUUGAUCCGCUACGCUGCCUGUAUAAAAAGAUAGCACAGCUACCUGCUGGUGUGAUGCGAGAAAGUUUUGGGGCUGGUACCAUGAGCUGGGACGUCCUACCGCUCUUUAUAAUCGAUCGAUUUUCUGCCACCCAGCAAUACGAAGAAGCAUUGGAAGUUGCAGGACUUGUUUUUGAUCCAUCUGCUGAUCUAGAACUCAACGUGGAUGACAAAUCGACUUAUCGGUCAUGCUGGCGAUUUCCUCCGUUCCAGGAAAUGGCACGACAAAUUGCCAUUUGGGGUGAGACUUCAUUUGAUCCUUUGAACCUUGACCAUUUGAGCAAAGAAAUCCAACUUGCCAUUACAGAGCGUCGGUCGUACGGUUCACUUGUGCAUGCCGCGGCUAGGGGAAGACCAAUCAGUUAUAUGAAGUGGAUAGUGAUGAAGUACGCAGAGAUCCUCAUCGCAAUGGGUGAUGUUUAUUUUCGCCGGGCUUCGCUUGAAAGCUUACCGAUAGCUACGCAGCGAUACAUCGAGGCUGCGCGAGUUCUAGGAAAGGAACCGCCCAAAGUACCGGAUUUAGGGAAAAGAAAAAGGAAGGCAAUGACCUUUGAGCAACUGAGAGAAGAGGAUAUCAUGUAUGACUCUGUCGUAUUCGACUUGGGCUUGCCUUUCUCGGCCAAAUUGAAGAAAGGCGCAGCGGAGACAGCAGACAGAGAUCCAAAGAAAGAGAACAUCGCGUGUUUCCUCCGAACGAACUAUUUCUGCGCCCCUCUAAAUCCUAAGUUCAAGCAAAUGCGAAGGCUUGUUCACGAACGCCUUUACAAUCUCCGAAAUUCCUUCGACAUUCAAGGAAAGCCGGUAGUCUACGGCCUUCGUGAACCGCCGAUUGAUCCAGGAGCCUUGAUAGCCCUUAGCAAAAGAGGAAUGGGAGUAUCUGAUAUCCUUAGCAUGGUUUCUGGUGAACGAAGUAGUCCACUACCACGGCAGCGGUUUGAUGCUCUUCUUCAGCGGGCUUUAGCAUUAUGUACCGAGGUGCGCGAACUCGGAGAGCGUCUUGUAGCCGUAGUUGAAAAGAAAGAGAUGGAAACCUCCAACAUCGGCAGCGCCCAGCAUGCUUCAGUCAAACAGAAAAUGAUGCUGGAUAUCAAGAAUGUUGAGCUUGAAGAGGCACAGCAGACUGUUGAAUCGCUUUUGAUCAAUCGUAGCUCGCUGGAGGCGCAAUUGAAUUACUACCUUCAACUUAUUGGCGAGCCGGAUUCCACGAUAUCAAAGCCCAAAAAUGAUUGGGUAGAUAUUCAGCAAAGUAUUGAUACCCCCACAAAAGACGAACUUCGAAUGUCUUCAUAUGAGAAUGCGGAAAUGACAAAAUCUCUCGCUGCUGGAGCCAAGAAUCGCUCAGCAAUAGCCACUGAUGCACUCUCAAUGCUUCUUAAUCUCGUUCCACAAGCAACAACUGACUUUGAACCUCUUGGUGUCGGUGGAUCCAUUUCAUUCGCUGGAAGCGCCAUUGCUGACGCAGUAGCGGCUUCGUCCACAUCAGCGAGAGGAAUUGCAGCUGUUUAUGCAGAUGAAGCCGGCCGAGCAGACAAGAAAGCUAGUCUAACGAUGCAGUUACGGGAACGAAGACUCGCAGCAAAUAUGAGUGGCCGUGAAAUCAAGUCAAUUGACAAGCAGGUCGAAAUCCAGAAAUUGCAUAUCACUUCAAUUCAAAAGGACAUUGAGAUACAACAAUCUGAAAUAGAAGAUGCAGCUGGGGCCGAGGAGUGGUACCGUACCAAGUACACCAGCGAACAAUUGUAUACAUGGAUGGAGAAAAUCUUCAGAAAUCUUUGUUUCCAGGCUUAUGAGCUCUCAAUGACCAUGGCACUUCGAGCAGAGAGCUCGUUCAACUUCGAAGCCGGCAGCAAGAGUUCAAUAAUCAACAAGGGGGGGACUGUUUUUCUGAAAGAUUUCGAUCCCAUGGCGUUGAUGAAACUCAGAAUCACUGGAACAACGGACUUCUCCAUUGGCGAACUCCUAUAUGAGAUGGAUUUCCCUGGUCAUUACAUGCGCAGAAUUCGAUCUGUUAGCGUCUCGGUGCCAUCAGAUAUAGAGAAUGGAACUAACACGAAUGCCGUCUCGACAUUGCUACAGCAUAAGUAUCGCGUAACACAAAACGCAGCUGACUAUGCUGCUUCCCAAUCUGCUACUGGGAGCGAAUCAUUUAGAACCGACCGGAUUCCGAUAACAGCAAUAGCGGUAAGCUCUGGCACAAGAGACCCCGGAGUAUUUGAGCUCGACUUCUCUGGUCCCCGGUACAUGCCAUUCGAGGGCGCCGGUGCUAUUUCAACAUGGCGUCUAGAAUUUCCAGCACCAAUCCGUCAUUUCAAUUAUGAGUCGAUUGCCGAUGUGCAACUACACAUACAGUACACUGCUUACGAGGGAGUUCCAACAUUGAGAAAGGCGGCGAAAGACGCGGUUGUCCAAGCAGCUCAAUCCAUUGAAGCUCAAGGUCAACAUCAAGGAUACUGGGCAAUUUGGGACCUCAAGACUGACUUUGCUGUAAAAUGGGUGGAUUUUGGAAAAGCUCUUCUUAACCCCAAUGUAGAAGCAACUCUGGACCUUGGCAAUUUGAAAGAUCGUCUGCCUUUCUGUUCACGUCAUCAAUAG